CAGAGCGUAGUCACAGCUCUAUACCGUACAGGCGAAGGUCUGUAACGAUGGAGUGUUUCAUAGAGGUGGCACUACUCCUGGUAUUACUUGGAAUCGUUGACGGUUCAGCAACUCCGAUGACACAAACCCCGGCCUCAACUGCCGCAGGUACAACGGCACUACCCACACCUGUAUCUAACAACACCCAGACUGGCGGACAAGAAUACACUGAUGGUGAGAGCUACCUACUGGCAUCUAUUCAAUAUAGCUGGCAUUAUACUGAUGUAGUUGCAGUGGCAGCUGGGGAAACAGGGGGAUCCUUUCUGGUUGAUUAUCCACAGCUGGGAUAUAACGUCACAGGGACUGUAACGCCAUACGGGUACACUUAUGCUCACACAGAUAUGUCAUUGUGGGUGACGGUGGGUGUGGAAAACAAGGCUUUCGUAAUCCAUGUCUUUGGUAAGAACAUGGGCCUUCACACACAGAUUGGAAAUGGCGUCUUUUCUCCCCUCCCGAUCUUUGCCCUAGGGUCCAGAUAUGUAGUAUCCACCUGUCUGGGAGACAUGGGCCACGUGGUGUUAGUGAUAGCUAACCACAACCACAAGACAGACGUGGACAUCACGCUGAUGCUGGAGGGGAACGUCACCUAUGACAACAUCACCUACAAUGACGGAGACACGAUUCACGUGACUCUAGAUGAGUAUCAGACCUUCACGAUGAAGAGUGACUAUGAUCUGACUGGAACUGUAAUCAACGCAACAAACACUGUAGCUGUGUUCAGUGGUGCAAUGCAAGGCGAUUACUUCACGGCCGUGACUCAACUAUUACCUGUACGACAUCAUGGGACGGAGUAUGUUAUGUACAUAGGGGACUACUUCUGUUAUGGGAACGCAACAUACCAGCUACAAGUUAUUAGUGACCAGAGCAACACUGAAAUUAUGUUGAACAAUGGAUCUACAUUCUCUCUGGGUGACGACCGUGUAUAUCGCCAAUACCUCGCUUGUAAUGAAAGUCUAUAUCUUAAUGCCACAAGGCCUGUCAUGGCCACCCUCUGUAGAAACAGACCAGAUGUAUAUUCACUUGGGUUUGUUGAUGUAGUUCCAGUUACGUAUUUCGUGAACAGUGCAUUGAUUCCUUAUACAACCUGUAUAAACAUACUGACUAAGCAACACGUAACGGAUAUUGAAGUAUUGUCUGAUGAUAUAGCCCCUGUUACAUUUGACUGGGUGGACAUCCCCGGCAGUGAUUACAAAGCGGGAACACACUGUUCAUACACCAGAUACAUCGUCCGCUCUGCCAGCAGAUUCGCUGUAUAUGGGUUUUCCGACGAAAUUGUAAGUGGAGGCUACCGUUUCACUUCUGAUCAAUCAACAACAGGUGCUGAUACAGGUAAGUUUAAAGAUACCUUGCAUUUUGAACAGAAUUUAAUAUCAGUAUACACAUACCAUGUUUACAGGGUAGAGCUGUGUUAUUUAUCCCUGUAUUGAAUUUUGAACCGGAAACAAUAUGUCGCAUCUAAAUUUAGAAUACUCAAGCCAUAAGUGGAACCGCAGCUGGUGUUCAGAAACGACACAUUAGCAAUUAUUGUCCCAGUGUCGCAAAAUAACACCCACCACCAC